AUGUCGCGCGACACCAUGGCCACUUCUGGUGGUGAUGUCAUUGGUAAUACUCCACUUCUCAAGUUAAAUCAUAUCACAAAAGGAUUAGACGCCACAAUAGCGGUCAAGCUAGAAUACAUGAACCCAGCCGGCUCGGUCAAGGACCGCAUAGCAUUCAGUAUGAUCGAAGCAGCGGAAAGGGAAGGAAAAAUAACACCUGGAAAGACGAUACUCAUAGAACCCACUAGUGGAAAUAUGGGUAUUGCGUUGGCUUACUGUGCUAACUGGAAAGGCUACAAGGUAAUCCUAACGAUGCCAUCAUCGAUGAGCGUUGAGCGAAGGGCACUUCUCAAAGCUUAUGGUGCAGAGGUAAUUCUGACUGAUCCAGCACAAGCAGUGAAAGGUGCUAUCGAGCGAGCUAAACAAUUAGCGUCAAUCAUCCCCAAUUCAUAUAUUUUGAACCAGUUUUCUAACCCUGCAAAUCCUGCAGCACAUUAUCGCACGACAGGUCCGGAAAUUUGGAAGCAGACAAAUGGAAAAGUUGACAUAGUAUGCUUUGGAGUCGGUUCUGCUGGUACCUUUACGGGUGUAGGCCGUUAUCUAAAGGAGCAGAACCCGAAUAUUGAGUGCUACCCAGUCGAACCAGUCGAGUCAUCUGCCAUCACAGGUCUACCGCACAGUCCGCACAAAAUUCAAGGCAUGGGCAUCGGAAUGGUGCCAGAAGUGCUCGAUCGCACACUCUUCACAGAAGCUAUACGUGUUCAUUCUGAUGAUGCCAUUGCUAUGGCGAAGAGGCUGGCAAAAGAGGAGGCAAUCUUAGGUGGAAUAUCAUCUGGUGCUAAUGUCUGUGCAGCAAUUCAACUAGCAAAGCGACCGGAAAACAAAGGAAAACUCAUUGUUACUGCGAUCAACAGUUUUGGAGAGCGUUACCUAUCCACAGCUCUCUACUCGGACAUACGUGAAGAGGCAGCAGCUAUGGAUCAGAUGACACUCGACGAGUCUAUUGCAGCCGCAAAAGCUUACCUUGCGAAAUGAGAUAAAAAAGCUAUAUCAUGUUUUUUCAAAUAAAAUCUAUUUCUAUGGAAGCAAGUCGGUGUUGCGUAUGUUCCGA